GCAGGACACCCUGUACUCUUCUAUAUGACUAUCGCAGGAGCACUCAUAGGAUUAUCACGACCCAUGUGAAAACGUCAAGUCGAAGAUUUUUUGCGCUCGCGAGAGACAAUGGCCAAUGGAACGAAGCACAGCUCUCCCCCCACCACUCCUCCAUGAACUCCAUCAUCGUCAAGUACAACUACGAACUCGAGCUGCUCGAAGACGUCCUGCAAGAGCCAAGCCAUGUACCGACAGAAUUGGUAAUAUGCUCGCCGAGGGGAGAUUUCCUCGGCCAGCUGGUUGGCCAGCUUGACCAGUUACGUGAUCGAUCCGGAGUGCAGACACCACCUCUUCAGGAAGAGCCGGAUACUCACUCAGAGGAGCGCUUAUCCGAUCCCAGAAGCAUUCUGCUCUCGCGGACUCUACAUGUCUUGAGCGCAAGCCAACUCGUCAAUCUGGUCUUCUGUCCUACCAUUCCUGUUCUCCGAGGCUAUCUCUCCGGCUACGUCUCGCGCACAGUAGCCCCUUCAACCCAGUCUAUGGGCCCCAUCAUAAUCCUAAAUCUGCUGGCGAUGCACCACGGAACUUCUGAAUUUACCCUGCAAGGCCUCUCCCAGACACUUGCCGCCGCAGUUUCUGCCGGUCACCGAACGAAUCGCGCGCUGAAGCUCGUGGAAUGCAAGGACAUCAAUGACCCUUUGAAUCCAGAUCGAGGUCCGCGCCUUUGGCAAGCUGAAGUCCAACUGCUUAGUGCAGCGGUCAAGAUAGGAGAGCCAGGGCAAAGCUGGGGACGUCGCACCAUAUCGGCCAUGAGGAUUGCAUCAAGAUGGUUCAGAGUGGAGGAACAGCCUGAACGGCACCGACAAGAGAAUAAUCCGGACGUUCUUGCAAGGAAGAGCCCCGAGGAGGAAAUGCUUAUUUGAAGAACAAAGGGGGAAAAUCCUUGCCUAUUUGGCGCAUACAAUCCAAAAAGCUAAUGGCCAGCCAACACAACCGGGUAUCUUCAGCAGAGAGCGACAAUUUCUUCAUAACGUCGUGACAAACUGCAACGGAUUACAUGCUUUGCUCCAUUUCCGUAAUAUACAACUUGAUGUGGGACUCGAGUUUGAGAUACUCCUCGUGCGCUGAGUGUACCUCCUGUUCGAUGUUGUCCUUGAGAUCAGCCAUCUAAAUAUUCGUUAGCAAGAUCAGUCGUCGGAAUUUGGCUCUUCAGCAACUCUC